AUGGUCUGCGGCAUUCCAGGCACACAGCGUAGCCGCAAUCUCAACAAGGAAUAUCUUGAUCAGCCGCGCUACAACAUCCUUCUGACAAACGGACGAUUUCCAGUGAGCCUGGAUCUAGCGCGACAGCUCUACUGGGCCGGCCAUCAUGUGCAUUGCGUUGAUCCUAUGGAGUACCAUGUAUGCAAAUUCUCAGUCGCGGUCGACAAAAGCCGACAAGUUCCCGCGCCCAUUGAAAAUGCUCAAGGCUACAUAGACGGAGUCCGGAAAGUCAUCGACAAGUGGAACAUUGACCUCAUUAUCCCAGUCCAUGAGGAGAUCUUCUAUCUCGCGGAAUGCGGAGACGAGGAGAUCUUGAAGCGAUUGCUGGCACCGCCGUGGGAAGUCCUAGUCCGUCUCCAUAACAAAUGGGAGUUCAGUAAGAUGAUGCGCCGAUUUGGCCUCGAUGUUCCGGAAGCACAUCUAUGCAAGAGCAAAGAGGAUAUCAAGAACCUAGAUCUCUCAAGGGAAUGGGCAGUCAAGCCAGUCUUCGGUAGAGCUUCGGGCAACGUGUAUCACCUCAAGCCGGGCAAGGAUGUUCCAGAGGACAUUGACGUCAGCGAGAAGAACCACUACAUCGCCCAAGAAUGGCUGAAAGGGAACCGCUACUGCAGCUACAGCGUCAUUCGCGAGGGACGGGUUCAAGCUCAUGGAUUGUACCCGGUAGAGGAUACCAUCGACGGCAGCUCCUCUGUGUAUUUCAGGAAUACCGAUCACAACGGUAUCAAGGCAUAUCUUGACAAGAUCGCUGCAAAACUACCGAAUGUGACGGCACAGCUUGCCUUCGAUUUCAUUGAGAUUGACGGCCGUCUCGUCACCAUGGAAUGUAAUCCUCGCGCCACAAGCGGGCUCCACCUCUGGUCUAAUACACCCUAUCUGGCGCGCGCCCUCACAAACACCUUGAGCCAAACCACCAAAGGCGACUACACCUCACCGCCUCGUACGACGACAGGCAAACAACCCCGGCGCCAACUCGCUCCCGGCAUGAUGAUGUGGGAGCACAAAAAGGCGGGAGUGAAGGUCUGGGCUAAGCAUAUGGGCCGUCUGAUGGGUAGUAGAGACGUCAUGUGGAAAUGGAGAGAUAUCGGUCCAGUCUUGAUGCAGCCGUUUCUGCUGACGGCGUACUAUAAGAUCUGUCAGGAGAAAAAACUGGAUCUGCCAGACAUGUUCCAAUAUGAUGUUACGUGGGAGCCUGAUGGAGAGCAUUUGGAAAAGGUCAGGAAGAUGAUAGAAGAGGCUGAUGAGGAUGAUGGUGAAGAGAAGGGCAAGCCAGGAAACCCGGACCAGAAAGGUGAUCAAGAGAGCACACAGUCGGAUUCUUACGCUACCACUGGAGACGACUCAGACAAGGGACAGGACUCGACGCCCAGCGAGACAUAUCUCGAUUACCGUGGUGAUGCCGUGCUUCAAUGA